CUGGACUAAAUUAAAAAUAACCGAACUUUCCACCACCGCAAACCCUAGAUGGAUCUUCUGAAACGAGAGCUUCUAAAGAAGCGUCAAUCUCUGGCACAAGACACCGGCGGCAAGAGAUUCUUCAAGCGCUCCGAGAUCCAACAGAAGGAAAUCCAAAAACUCCGCGAGCAAGAGAAGCGCGAAUUGGAAGCGAAGUCGCAAAAGCGCCAAGCAACGUCCUCCGACCCCGCUACCGCCGCCCCCACCUCCUCGAACAGCGCCUCCGCAUCAUCCUCAUCUGCCGUCGCUGCCGCCUCCACCUCCCUUACUGACGAACAAAACAUCGACAACCUCGUCCUCCCGAAACCUGAGGUCAUCCGCCGCCUCCGCUUCCUGAAGCAGCCAGUCACGCUCUUCGGGGAGGACGACGAUGCCAGGCUGGACCGCCUGAAGCACGUUCUCAAGGCUGGCGUGUUUGAGGUGGACAGCGACAUGACCGAGGGGCAGACCAACGACUUCCUGCGCGACAUUGCUGAGCUCCGGAAGCGCCAGAAGACCGGGAUCAUGGGCGAGAGGAAGCGCCAGAAGCCCGACGACGGUGCCACCGAGGACCGAGAGGGUGGAGGUGGCGACGACGACUUGAGCGAGGGAGGCUCUAGCGGCGCUGAUGCCGAUAAAGAUUUGAAGCGUAUGAAGGCGAAUUUUGAGGAGCUGUGCGACGAGGAUAAGAUUCUGGUGUUUUUUAAAAAGCUCCUGAACGAGUGGAAGCAGGAGUUGCACGAGAAGCCUGAGUCGGAGAAGCGCACGGCUAAGGGGAAGUCCAUGGUUGCUACGUUUAAGCAGUGUGCGCGUUACUUGAAUCCGCUGUUCAAGUUUUGUAGGAAGAAGGUUCUUCCUGAUGACAUUCGACAGGCGCUGUUGGUGGUGGUUGAAUGCUGUAUGAAGCGAGAUUAUCUGGCUGCUAUGGACCAUUAUAUCAAGCUGGCCAUCGGGAAUGCACCCUGGCCUAUUGGAGUCACUAUGGUUGGUAUUCAUGAAAGAUCUGCCCGUGAAAAGAUCUACACUAACAGUGUUGCUCACAUCAUGAAUGACGAGACCACUCGCAAGUACCUGCAAUCAGUGAAGAGGUUAAUGACAUUUUGCCAACGGCGUUAUCCGACAUUGCCGUCUAAAGCAGUUGAGUUUAACAGUUUGGCAAAUGGCAGUGAUUUACAGUCACUUCUAGCAGAAGAGAGAUUUAGUGGGGUCAACCAAACAUCUGAGGAAAGGUUUAGGAUAAUGCCUGCUCCUAGAGACAGUUAGUUAAACCAUGCUUUCUAAAACGACAUAUUCAUAUGAUGUAUACUAUCUAUGUCCAAUUGCUACUUUACUUUGUACAAUCGGUGUGUUAUGAAACAUGUAAAAAUUCAGAUGUUAGUAUUUUAUUAAAUCAGCGUUUUUUAACUA